UUUAGAUAUUCAACAUCAGUUAUAGCUGAGCAAUCUACAUCUAUAGCAUCCUCGGAGUCACCAUCUACAUCUGAAAUAACUACAGAAGGAUCGACAAUUGGAACAAUGACUGGAGAUACGUUUGCUAAUACAAUUACACCAACCAAGACUUCACAAACUUCUCCAGUUGUGAGUUCUGAAUCCUCCACAAAAGUGCUGACAUCGCAGUUAUCAACAACACCUAAGGCCCCUGUGAAUACAACUGAAGAGGCACCCAUCGACAGAAGUACGCCUUCUCAAACUGUUCCUGUUGCUAAUUCUGAAUCUUCCUCAACUGUGUCAAUGUCACAGUUAUCAACAAGACCUGAAACUACACCAGUUGAUGCAAGUACGCCAGCCAAGACUUCACAAGCGAUUCCUGUUUCUAAUUCUGAAUCCCUAACAACAGUGUCAACCUCACACUUAUCAACAGUGCAUCAAGUGUCUGCAUCAACAUCACAAUCAGACACUGAGGCAUCCUCAACAUCUCAAGUGUCAUCUGCUUUAUUUUCAUCUUCGAAAAAUCCCCUGACAUCAUUGACUUCUUCAUCUUCAACUAGAGCCACUACUACAAGGCAGGUUACAGAUCCUGUACAGGCUACACAGUCUGUGGCACCUACAGUAUCUUCCACAGUGCUGCCUUCUUCAACAUCAACAACUCAUCAUUAUGCGACAUCUUCUUCAGUUCUGAGAGAGACAUCUGUGAGAACAACUUCAACCUCUCAAGGAAAUGUUGAUUCAUCAACAUUUCGCUCAACUGUUUACCCAACCUCAGCAAAGACAACAUCUUCAAUAUCUGCAAGUUCUCCUUCUUCAACCACAGUACAUUCAAGACCAUUGACCUCUUCUCCUAUAGCAAUUGUGUCUUCAGAGAAAGCUUCAACCUCUGUAGGAACUGUAAGGACAAGUCCAAGCAAGCCAUCCACAAGUACAUUAUUAACAGAAACUUCAGUAUCACCAAUGCAAAACUCUACAUCUUCCUCAUCUACAACAACAUCCUUGUUUUCAACAGAGGUUAGUUCAACCAUAGAAACUACAACCCAGUUUACCACCCAAAAUCCUUCUUCAAAAACUGACUCCACCUUGACUUCCCCACAGUUCACAACACCCAUCACCACUGCAUCUCCCGUAACAAUGCCUUCUGUAGCAACAGCAACAUUUCCAGAAACCACUGGGUCAAUAAGAGCCAAAUCCACCACCAAGACUUCUGCAACAAAAUUUUCUCUCCCCUCAUCACCAAGCACAGUGAUUACAGAGCAAGCAACAACCACAACAAGCAAGGAUUCAACAUCAUAUUCUACAUCAAAGGAAUCCCCUACAAUGUCAACUCUGUUCCAAGCCCAGACAACUUUAGUCACAUCUACUUUAGAACCCCUUUCUACCGUAACAUCCUCUAUAACUCCUACAGUAGAGCCAUUGAAAACAACUCUGAAUUCUGAUUUGUCAUCAACAAGCCAAUCAAGUGUGCAGACAUCGUCGUCAGGGGUAACAAGUCCAUUUGGUUCUUCAGCGUCUCCAUCACAUAAGACCUUGUCAGUUACUGCUUCAUCUUCGGUGUCUUCAUUACCGAGCACAGACUCUGUAAGAAGUACCAGGGCACCUGCAACCAAUGCUACAAUGGCCUCAUUUCCUACUGCAACUGUAUCCCCUGGGCAGACUGAAACAACAGCAACAACCCAAACAACUGCAAAGAAGUCCACAGCAAAAAUGGACUAUUCAACAUCACCUAUCAGUCCUUUGUCGUCCACAGUGCAGUCUACAUUGCCGCAAAACCUUACAACUGCAAGGACUGGCGUAUCAAGCACAGAAAAUGUAACCAGGCAGCAUGUAGUAGACACUUCUGAGGUAUCAACUCCAAAGUCUACCACUCAGAUAUCUUCCAUGACACAACUACCAUAUUCAUCAUCUCCACCUACUCUCUCUUUGUCAUCAAGACACACUCAGACACCAUUGACACAGGCACGUUCAACUGAACAGAUGACAAAUCUUGUGACAACUAUGAACUCCACGGCCAUGGAAAUUACUUCUGCAAAAGUGGCCUCUUCCACAGAAGUAACGUCUGAAGUUAGAACCAGAUCUUCUCCAGUUCCAAGACAGACAUCAGUUAAAUCAACCACAACCUCAGAAGUAGGUAUAACAUCGUCUAUUCCCCUAUCAACACAGAUGCCAUCAUCAGCGAAGACGACAUCUUCAAUAUCGACGGUUGUCCCCUCUUCAUCUUCUGUGCAGUCAACCCCAUUCACCUCAUUGUUUUCAAGAACAGAGGAAACUUCAUUGUCCACAGUAACGACAAUGGCAACUCCAAGCAAACCACUGUUGUCUUCUUCAGUAUCACCAACAUUGAGCUCUCAUGCAGCUAGAAGCACCUCCUCAUUUUCAGAAGCAGUGAAUCAAACAUUACUAACUACAACCCAAUCCAAGACCCAUGUAAGAACAACCAAGCUAUCAGCGAACACUAGCACUGCGGCCAGCCAGCCAUUAACCACAAAUAUGUCCUCCACACCGCUCAUACCAACACUCACUACAAACUUGCAGGAAACUACCAAAAAUGCAACAGCUAGUUCAACUGCACAACCAUCCUUAACUACAAUAUUUUCUUCUUCAUUUCCAACAUCUACCCCACUUUCCCGAACAACGUUUGCAAGAUCAACAGGAUCUUUAAGUUCUAGAUUGACACCUGUAACUUCAACUGUCACUAUGAUUAAAACCACUGGAUCCACAUCUACAAUGCCAGGACAUCCAACAACAUCAGUAUCCUCUGCAUCUGUGAACACACAGUCUACAAAACAAACUGUAAUGAAGGAAACAUCUACAUCACAAAGCCCAUCUCCAAGACUGACAACUUUAACUGCAUCUACCUCAGAACCACAUGUGACCCCAACUUCCUCUAAGAUGAGUACCACAAUGGAGCGCACCCUCACUGAUUAAUCAUCAACAAUCCAGUCAGGUGUACAAACAG